GCAGUUUCCCCGAUGGAGUCAGACGAGGACCCACAGAACGCUCGAGGAACUGAAUGAAGCCUUGGAAGGACACUCUGAUAAUGCAGAAUGGUUCUGCCAACGAGCCUACGCCCACCUUUAACUGAAAAACUACAGCUGAGCUGUCAACAAUACCAAGAAAUCCCAGCAGCUCAACCACAGCCUUCUUCUUGCCUUCAUGAGAAUGGGAAUGGCAGAGUACCACCUGAACCACUUUGAGGUGUCACAUGCUGCCUUCACAAAGGGACACAGCCUGGAUGCAGACACCACACAUCAAGGGAGGACUUCAGCUUGAACAUGAAGCUGCUGCAUUCCAUUGUCCCCCAACACAGCACCUUCAAGGUCCUCUCCACAAAGACCAGUACCCGUCAUCAUCUGCCUCCAGCCGUAAGUGGGACAAGGUGGUGGGGGACAUCAGUGAGGAGGAGAAGCUGGAGGGACACGCAGCGCUCAACAAACUCUUUCAACAAAUCUACUGUGACGGCACUGACAAGGUAGAGUCGGGUGGUACAGUUCUGAGCACCAACUGGACAGACGUCGGGAAGAGAACGAUAGAGAUGAGCCCUCCUGAUGACAUGGAGCUUAAGAAGUACUGAAGAACACUCUCGCUCACUGCCCAUAUCGCCCCCCCCCUCCCCCAGGCCAUGACUGUUAAUAUAUUAUUUUUUUAAUUUCACCUUUAUUUAACCAGGUAGGCUAGUUGAGAACAAGUUCUCAUUUACAACUGCGACCUGGCCAAGAUAAAGCAAAGCAGUGCGACACAAAUAACACAGUUACACAUGGAAUAAAUAAAUAUACAGUCAAUAACACAAUAGAGAAACGGUCUAUAUACAGUGUGUGCAAAUGAGGUAAGGCAAUAAAUAGGUCAUAGUGGUGAAAUAAUUACAAUACAGCAAUUGAACACUGGAAUGAUAGGUGUGCAAGUAGAGAUACUGGGGUGCAAAGGCGCAAAAUAAAUCAAAUAAAAAACAGUAUGGGGGAUGAGGUAGUAGGGUGGGCUAUGUACAGGUGCAGUGAUCUGUGAGCUGCUCUGACAGCUGGUGCUUAAAGUUAGUGAGGGAGAUGAGUCUCCAGCUUCAGUGAUAUUGCUUUCUCCUCCUUGCCUCCAAUGGACAUGUCCACUUUAUUCCCCCAAACCCACCCUUCCUUCCAGUCCGUCUGUCAAUAUUGGUUUUAGAGCUUUGGUGCUUUUCGCCACAGUCCAGGAACCACUAGUAACUCUAGCGUUUAACCUCACAAACACUAUAAAGAGGUUCAUCGAUACAUCUGUCUAUCCUAUAUAUAAUAUAAAAACUGGGAAUCAUCUGAAUGGCCAAUUUGGUUGAAGGUAGUGAGUGUAGGGUUGAACCUGAUUCCUGGACUGACAGGUUAGGAAACCCCUUUCACCUCUUGUGGCUGUUCUUGUGUUUAGAGCCUUUCUUUAUCCGGGGUGGGUGGGAGGUGAGGGACGUUUAUGUUGUCCCAUUCACCACUUGGACAGAAUACAAAAUAUGUGAAAUUGUUUUAGUUUUUUUGUACUUUUAUAAGAAUUCUAGAAUCUUUUUCCACAUCAGCAGCAAUACAGUCAUGCAAUGGAAGUCAAAUUUUAAUUUCCUUUUCCUCAAUGUGAUUCAAACUUAAAUGUAAGUAAAUUAUUUUGUUUAUUGAUCACAAUUGUUUGUUUCACUGUGUGUAAUGUCGUUUAAGUGACCUCGGGCGUGUUCAGAAGGACAACAAUUUUUAAACGUUCUGAUAAACAUGUGUUAUGUACAUCAAAGGAAUCAAACCUGCACUAUUCGUGGCAUUGUAUCUGCAACAUUUGGCUACUGAAGGUGGCCCAAAAGAAAGCUAGCAUCGUCAAUUACCAAUACCAAACACACCCAAUCCUGUACUAAUCUACUUUACUAUAUUACAGGGAGUAGACCUCAUCCUCACACACUACAUUCUGCUGCUCUCUGCUUUGAGUGGGCGUUGCGUUAAGUGCAGGAGCAUUAAUAUGGAUCUAACUGCAUCAUCAGCCCUCACACUGAGUUAAGUGAAAAAUACACACACCCCUUCCCUUCCUCACUGAGUUAAGUGUUAAAUUCAUUGCACAUUGUUUCAGGUGCCGUGGCGAUCAAAUGGCUUCGGUUAAAACUCUUAA